AUGCUUAAUAAGGACGCUUGCUCUCCCUCCUCCAAUGGCGGAUUCGGCGCCGCUGCCGCAGCCGGUCAAAUGCCGUCAACCGGGGGCGUCUACAGUUCGCUGUACUCAGCUCUGUCGAACGAAAACCAUCCGUCGCUCUCCGCUAACUGCAGCGGCGGCGGCGGCGGCGUUUCGCUCUAUCCGUACUCCGAGUCAACAACUCAGUAUGACUCGUGCGUAAUUCAGAAGCACCAGGACAUGGUGAACCGUCAAAGCAUGUGCCUGAAUCGCCUGGUGGAGACUUCCAAAGAGGUGGAUGCUCUGAGGCAGGAGAACGGCCAGCUGCGAGCCACGAACAAGGAGCUGCAGAGGCAGCUGCACCUUGUCGUUCAGGCUUCGCUGGAGAGUCAGUUCGCCGCUGCAGCCGGCGGGUCCUCUGGCCAGACUCAACCGACGCUGUUCGAUGUCUUGCAUGGCUUCCGCAGCCUCCACAUUGGGGAAGGGAAAGAGAAUUAUGCCGAUUGGAAUAACAACAAUAAUCAUAAUCACAACAAUAUGAAUCAUAAUAAUAGUAAGGACCUGCAGGAAGUUUCGGACGAGAGUCCAACGAGCGUGAUGGAGAACAACGUUGUGGAAGUGGAGAGAUUUUCUCUCCCUAAGAGCAUAUCUGUGAGAUCCAAUGGCUACUUGAAGAUGGCUCAGUCUGCUGGUCUUGCCACCAAUAAUAAUGCAACUCGCAAUAAAGGUGCCACUCGCCCACGCGCCACCGCAACUCCAUCUGAAGCCGUUCAGAAGGUAUAUGUGCGUGGAGGUCAGAAAGAGGAAGAGCCUCUGGAAAUGGUAGUGUAUAAUCAAGGGAUGUUCAAAACUGAGCUGUGUAAUAAAUGGCAGGAAACUGGCACAUGUCCAUAUGGAGACCACUGCCAAUUUGCUCACGGUAUUGGGGAGCUUCGCCCAGUCAUCCGCCAUCCACGCUACAAAACUGAGGUCUGCAGGAUGGUCCUUGCUGGAGUUGUGUGCCCAUAUGGCCACAGAUGCCAUUUCCGCCAUGCACUCACUGAACAAGAGAAAGCUGUCGUAUCUCAGCCUAAGCCCAGAACAAUGAAGCUGGAAAGAUAA